AUGAGAUUUUUCAGCUCACUUUUGAUAGCUUUUGCUUCUUCAAACAGGGUAAAGCAGACCUACGAGAGCUUCUGGGCUUCAGAGAAUCCUCAAACAGUAGCUGAAGAUGCUGGGAAGCAAUUUUUCGAUCGAACUCUUGGAACUGGCAUUGACCGAAGUAGAAAGAUCUACAAACGAUGCUCGAUUCGAUACGGUCUCGUGUAUGCGAUCCAGCCAGGUGUUCCAGAGCAUCCAAAGCCUGUCGAUGUCGUCUGCUCUCCAGGAUACAAGCUUGUUCUAGCAUCUACUGACCGAAAUUACUCCGGGGACCUUGUUUGCCAGCAACGAAAGUUGGUUCCGGCAGUGAAAUGCAAAAAGAAAGAGAAAAACCCAAGACCUGAGUGGAAACCUAACUGUCCUCAGCCAAUCAAAGAUGGAAUCAAUGUGACCGUUGUCGAUAUGUUCAACCAAAAUCAGGGCAAAACUGGCUACGUCUUCCGUCUUGAUACUCAAAUGAAUGGCGAAUACUCGGUUGCUUUUCAAUAUCCAUCCGGGUCGACUGGAGCGAAUUUUCAGACCUGGAACUUGGACUUUUUCAACUUUUAUCCAGACUUCGUCCUUUUUCAUUCUCAACGACCAUGGAAGAAUCAUGAGAAGGAUGAUCCGAACAAAACAGUCAUUCUCGUCGAAAAUCUUGAUUCUGAUGAAAUGCCUCGCUUCCAUCUCUUCGAAGGCAACUUGAACCGACACGAGUGUUUCCGCAACAUCGAGACCCGCGCUUAUUCAAAAUGGUUUAUUGAGACGCGCAAAUUUCCAACGCGAGAAAGCAUUAGAUCGGUUUCCGUCAACCGCGUCACUGGACAAGUUCUUCCCGUUUCUUGA